ACCGGAUUAAACAUAUUCGUAUGUUAUUUACUGCGUAGAAGUUGAGCUGUGCGUUGUAAUUAAACUUCAAUAGAAAAGUGUUAAACUCAAUAAGAUUGCUUGACCCGAAGUGUUUAGAAGCAGUCGACGAGAUGGAUGUGAUGUCACCGCAGUUGAUGUGGAUCGGCACCAGGUGUUACCGAGUGAACCAAACGUCUUCGGAACACCGGUGCGAUCAGCAGGCCGAGGAAAGCAAGCCAUACGUCGAAGAAGAUCUCUAUGAGGAAGAUGAUCGCGACCUUGACUACAAUAUUCAACCCAUUGAUGGUGGUAAACUUCAGACUUCUUUUCAUGUUCCAUCGGCCUUCUUUUCGAUGAUCAUUGGCAACAAGGGAACCACUCGGCGCCGUUUGGAAGCGGAAACCAAAACACAGAUCGUCGUACCGAAGCAGGGCACCGAGGGCGACGUGGUCAUCAAGGGAACAUCGGCCAAAGCCAUCACGGCAUGCCGUCAGCGUAUCGAGCUGAUGGUCCUGGCUGCACGCAAUAAGCAACAUUUCACGCAUUUCCUGUCCGUUCCGCUGACUUCGGACGAUAUCAAGUCCAACUACCUAAAGUUCCGGGAGAAAGUCCUUACCGAACUACCCAGCGGGUUCCAUUUGGACGAAUCGUUGUUCCAGAAGCCGGAGAAGCUGCACCUGACGCUGUGCAUGAUGAGUCUGAUGGACAACGUGGACCGAGCCCAUGCGGCUCAGCUGCUGCAGGACUGCCGGGAGUCGAUCAUUGAAAUAACCCUGGCGGAGUUUGGCCCCAUCGAUGUGCGUCUGCACGGGUUGGCUUACAUGAACGAUGAUCCCAGCUCGGUGGACGUUCUUUACGCCAAGGUGGAAUCGGAACCGCUCCAGCGCAUUGCCGACCAGUUGAUGGAGUACUUCAUUGCGAACGGGUUGAUCAAGAGAGAGUAUGAUCACGUCAAGCUACACGCAACGUUGAUCAACUCGACGUUUGGCCGGCACCAUGCUCACAGCAGCGGUGAGGAAGGGGGCGAUGACAAAAAGCACCACCAUCACAAGCGCCACCGAAGGGAGAAGUUCGAUGCCACGGAAAUUUUACGGGAGUUUGGCGAUUUCGAUUUCGGAGUGCAGAAGGUUUCGGAGAUACACCUGUCGCAGCGUUUCUCAACGGCUUGCAACGGGUUCUACGAGGCCACAGCCAUGGUAAAGUUGUGAACAAUAAUUGAUGUGUUUCUGGUUUUGUUGAA